UUCAUCCACACCUCCCCUCACGCCUCCUCGCCUCCACCAACCUGUCUUUAUCUCCCUCCCAUCAAGCGCGCAUCCUUUCUUCUCCCAAAAGUCGACUUUGAUCAGCCAAGAUGCUUUCAGCAAGGCUGAUGCGGAAUGCUGUUCCGCGCGCAACCUCCACUUUCAGAUCCUCCGCCAUCCGAGCACCGAUAACUUCGCAGUUCCGAAGAGGCUAUGCCGAGGCUUUCAACGAAGGCGAGAAGGUGCAGGGGCAAGUUAUCGGAAUUGACUUGGGCACUACCAACUCGGCCGUAGCGGUCAUGGAGGGCAAGUCGCCGAGAAUAAUAGAAAACUCUGAGGGUGCACGAACAACCCCCUCUGUCGUCGGCUUCACCAAGGAAGGCGAGCGAUUAGUGGGUAUCGCGGCGAAGCGUCAGGCCGUCGUCAACCCCGAAAACACCCUUUUCGCCACCAAGCGUCUCAUCGGCCGCAAGUUCACCGACGCCGAAGUCCAGCGCGAUAUCCAGCAAGUCCCCUACAAGAUUGUCCAACACUCCAACGGUGAUGCGUGGCUGGAGGCGCAGGGACAGAAGUACUCUCCCUCUCAAAUCGGAGGUUUCGUCUUGGGCAAGAUGAAGGAGACUGCCGAGGCUUUCAUGGGCAAGAACAUCAAGAACGCCGUCGUCACUUGCCCAGCCUACUUCAACGAUUCGCAGAGACAGGCAACCAAGGACGCUGGCCAGAUCGCCGGGCUUAACGUGCUCCGCGUGGUCAACGAGCCUACCGCUGCUGCGCUCGCUUACGGCUUGGAGAAGGACGACCGUGUGGUCGCCGUCUACGAUUUGGGUGGCGGUACCUUUGAUAUCUCCAUCCUCGAAAUCUCCAACGGCGUCUUCGAGGUCAAGUCGACCAAUGGUGACACGCAUCUUGGUGGCGAGGACUUUGACAUCACCCUUGUCCGCCACCUCGUCCAGCAGUUCAAGAAAGAGCAAGGAAUCGAUCUCUCCAACGACCGCAUGGCCAUCCAGAGAAUCCGUGAGGCCGCGGAGAAGGCCAAGAUCGAACUGUCCUCUUCCCUCCAAACCGACAUCAACCUUCCCUUCAUCACCGCUGAUUCCUCGGGACCCAAGCACAUCAACUCCAAGCUCUCGCGAUCACAGCUCGAAGGCCUGGUUGACCCGCUGAUCAGCCGGACCAUCGAUCCUGUGCGCAAGGCUCUGAAAGAUGCCAACCUCCAGGCCAAGGAUAUCCAAGAUGUCAUUCUCGUCGGUGGCAUGACCCGCAUGCCCAAGGUCACCGAGUCCGUCAAGAACAUCUUCGGCCGCGACCCUGCCAAGUCUGUCAACCCCGACGAGGCUGUCGCCAUCGGUGCCGCCAUCCAGGGUGGUGUGCUGUCCGGUGAGGUUACCGACUUGCUCCUCCUUGACGUCACUCCUCUCUCCCUCGGUAUCGAGACCUUGGGCGGUGUCUUCACCCGUCUGAUCAACCGCAACACCACCAUCCCCACCAAGAAGUCUCAGACUUUCUCCACUGCCGCCGACUUCCAGUCUGCUGUGGAGAUCAAGGUCUACCAGGGUGAGCGUGAGCUUGUCCGGGACAACAAGAUGCUCGGCAACUUCCAGCUCGUCGGUAUCCCCCCGGCCCACCGUGGUGUCCCUCAGAUUGAGGUCACCUUCGACAUUGACGCCGAUUCCAUUGUGCACGUGCACGCCAAGGACAAGUCCACCAACAAGGACCAGUCCAUCACCAUCGCAUCUGGCUCCGGUCUCAGCGACUCCGAAAUCGAGGCCAUGGUGAACGACUCCGAGAAGUACGCCGAGGCCGACAAGGAGCGCCGAGGCGCCAUCGAGAUGGCCAACCGCGCCGACAGCGUGGUCAACGACACCGAGAAGGCGCUCAAGGAGUUCGAAGAUAAGCUCGACAAGGCCGAGGCGGAGCAGAUCAAGGAGAAGAUCAACGGCCUGCGCGAGUUCAUCGCCAAGAACCAGACUGGCGAGGGCACCGCGACGUCCGAGGAGAUCAAGCAGAAGACCGACGAGCUGCAGAACGCAUCACUCACUCUCUUCGACAAGAUGCACCGUGCACGCAGCGAGCAGAGCCAAGAGGGUGGACAGCAGUCCGGCGAGCAGCAGUCUGGUGACCAGACACCGCCCGGCGGCGAGGGCGAGAAGAAGCCGUAAACGGACUUCCUUCCCUCUCCCUUCGUUCUACACUCCCGACUCGCAUUGGUCCCCGGGGCCAGCUGCACCUUGCAGCACUUCGUGUACCGCUACAUUUAUACCCUCGACCUCCUCGCCUCUCCGCUCCUCUCCUGCAAUCUGAGUCGGCGUGGCUGAGAGGCUGAUUGCACCUUUUGUGUUUUACUACAUCCAGCGAGAAAAAGAAUCUUUUGCUUCGCCCGGCAGUUUGCACACGCAUGGUUCUCGCCGGGUAGGGGGAAUGAGCGCGCGCGCGGAUGCUGAGCUAUUGCAUUGGGGGAACAGGGGCGGUGUAUGAUGGUGUCUCAAGUGUCUAAAGCGCAAAACUGUACUUUUAUUGUGAUGUGUUUGUUCUUGUUUGGAUGUGUAGCGCACAAUACACCCUU